AAAAGUCAUGCCCCACGUGGUACACAUGUGAUACAUUUAAACGAUCAAAAUGUCGGACAGCGAGGAAAGCGUACAAACAAUGCCGGUACAUGCAAAACGACAAAGAGUGUCGCUGAUCAGGCAUAAUGAAGAUUCAGGAGACGACACAGAUGACGUGUCAAGCACUGUGAGUACCCUCCAAGAUGACUCCCUGUGUGACACACCCUCCAGCAUUGCCUCACGCUCAAAGGCAAAAAAGAAAACUAAACCCAAGCCAAAGUUUAAAUGCUCCAACUGGGUUAAGGAGGAUCACAAGAAACCGCUGUUUGGAGUCUUGUUCAACACAUUUGCUGUGGAUCCACUGUUGUUUAUCACUGUUGGACACAACAGGGUGAGCGUGUACGAGUGUUUGUCAGAUGGCAAGAUCAAGUUGCUGCAGGCCUACGCUGACCCAUGUCCUGAUGAGAACUACUACUGCGGUGCAUGGACGUUUGAUGAUGAAAGUGGCCAGUCUCUGAUCGCGGCAGCUGGACUCCGGGGCAUCAUUCGGAUCAUCAGUCCCGUCACCCAAACCUGUGUAAAGCAUUUCGUUGGCCACGGUGCAGCUGUCAAUGAGUUGAAGGUCCAUCCUAAUGACCACAACAUGCUGCUGUCCGUCUCCAGGGACAACACAAUGAGACUGUGGAACAUCAAGAUGUCCUACUGCGUGGUGAUAUUCGGUGGAGUGGACGGUCACAGAGAUGAAGUACUCAGUGCUGAUUUCAACAUUGAUGGCAGGAAGCUGAUCUCGUGCGGCAUGGACCACUCUCUGAGGAUGUGGCGCGUGGAUACAGAUGUCAUACAGCAGGCUAUCAGGGACUCCUACACAUACAAUGCCAUCAAAGAGAAAGCGCCAUUUCCAACAUACGGUGAGAACUUUCCAGACUUCUCUACACGAGAUAUCCACAGGAACUAUGUAGACUGUGUAAGAUGGCUGGGGGAUUUUGUUCUGUCCAAGUCGUGUGAGAACUGCAUCAUCCUGUGGAAGGCAGGGAGCCUGGAGGAGAGGUCGUGGCGUGUGAAGGAAGGGAGGGUGAGCAUGCUACAUCGCUUUGACUACAGGGACUGUGACAUCUGGUACAUGCGCUUCUCACUUGACGCUCAACAAAAGAUGAUGGCGCUGGGCAAUCAAGUAGGCCGAGUGUUCGUCUGGGACAUUGAUGUGGAGGAUCCCGUGUUAGCCAAGUGUUCAGUUCUGACUCACAACAAAUGCUACUCGGCAGUGCGGCAGACGUGUUUCUCUCCAGACGGUGAGACCCUUCUAGCAGUGUGUGAUGAUGGAACAAUAUGGCGCUGGGAUAAACUUUGAGACGAUGGUUGUGAUUGCAAAAUGUUGUGUUUUGAUGAAGUUUGAGACCAUGAUUGUGAUGGCACAAUUUUGUGUUUGAAGAAACUGGGGACCAUCUAGUAUGAUCAUGGCACAAUUUUGGAUUGCCCCAUACUUUGAUACCACCUUAGUGCUUUGAUGGUUACUGCAGAAAUGUGUGAAAAAUUGCUUAUGAAUGUGAACUAUUGCUUAUUCCUUCAAUUGCUUAGUGGUUGGAAAAAGCAUUUGAUAAAUAAAAUACUAGUUAAACAAUUUGUAUUAAAACAGUCAGUGGUUGAAACAUUUGCCUAUUAUAAGAAUUUGUAUGUCCCCCACCACUAUAGUGUGGGACAUAUUGUUUUUGCCCUGUCUGUUGGUUGGUUGGUUGGUUGGUUGGUUGGUUGGUUUGUUUGCCCAAACUUUAACAUUUUGCCAUAACUUUUGCAAUAUUGAAGAUAGCAACUUCAUAUUUGGCAUGCAUGUGUAUCUCAUAGAGCUGCACAUUUUGAGUGGUGAACGGUCAAGGUCAUUCUUCAAAGUUAAAGGUAAAAAAAAACAACAAGGGAAGUAAAAAGCUUUAAAGGGAGAUAAUUAACUCAACCUGCCAAAUGAUACAAAAAUUUUAAUAAAUCAAAGCGGCACAGAAGAGGACAUAGUGUUUCUGACAAACACAUUUCUUGUUAGAGCAUUUUUUUUAUUUUAUGGGCUACAAGUCAUGUAUUAAAAAAAAAGAAGACAUAUUUUCCUCGCUGCCAUGUUUGAAAUUUCAUCUUUCAAUUGAAACAAGUAAUGUGCAAUCUUAAAUAAAAGCAACUGCGAGGCUUCAUAGUCAUGUUUAUGUCCUCAGCAUCUGCAAAUGCCUUGAGGCGUACACUGUUUGGCCUUGCCUAUUUGCCAACUGUCCAUCCUUACAUGGUUAACACAUAAUAACAAAUUUGGUAAAACAUCAAUAAUGCUUCCUACAAAGCUUAAAUACUGACCUUGGUGUUGUCAUUGCACACUAUUUACACACCCACAUCACCUCUACCUCCUUUUGACCUUGAUAUGACCUCCUGUUGAACAGAAGGUACAAAUUCUUGUUUAACCCAAACUGAUUCUUCCUGUAAAGCUUUGAAAGGUGCAUACAUGAUAUCUCUGUUCUCUUUCUGCACACCUAAUCACCUGACUUCAACUUACCUAAACAUUGACCUCUUUUUGGUCUACACUUAUUCACACAAUGUUUAGUGAACCCAAAAUGAAAUGCGUUUUUUCUAACAUCAAAACCCCCUCGUAAAAAGAUUUGAUACAUGCAUCGAUGUUAUCUGUGAACACUGUCAACACAUCCACAUUACCUGACCUUAUUUUGGCCUUUAUAUUGACAUAAUUUUGGACUUAUUAAUUGAGAAGGGAAAUCUUCUUAGUUAAUACAAAUUGACAGUUAGUUUAACAACAGUUCUUCUUACUAAAAAGCUUAGAUUCUCUCAUUCAACACUCAAACCACCCACAUCACCCAGUGUAAUGUUAAAAGUGACACAGAUUGCCUUUUGGACUUAGGCAUAUUUAAAUGGGCCAAUGGAUCAAUAAUGACAAUGCUAAUGACAUCUGCAGGUAUUGACCUCGGUAUCUUGUUCAUUUCACAAAUGUUUUAGCAUUAAGUACUUUAUGUUGUUCAUAAUAAAUGGAAGUAAAGCUA